AUGGCCGAGCUUCAACGCCACCAGCCUCAGCCAACGCCCACAUCCCACAAGGUGGUCAAGGCAGCCACCGCAGCCACCGCUGGUGGGUCCCUCCUGCUCCUCUCCGGGCUGACACUAGCCGGAACGGUGAUCGGAAUCACCGUAGCGACGCCACUGCUGGUGAUAUUCAGUCCGGUUCUUGUUCCCGCUAUGAUUACGGUGUGUCUUUUGGUUGCUGGGUUUCUGGCUUCGGGUGGAUUCGGUGUAGCGGCGGUGACCGUGCUGUCAUGGAUGUACAAGUACCUGACCGGUAGGCAACCGCCUGGUGCGGACCAGCUGGACCAGGCUCGCAUGAAGCUGGCUAGCAAGGCUCGUGAAAUGAAGGACAAGGCUGAGCAGUUCGGUCAACAGACCUGAUUUGUGCUGUUCUUCUCUGCCUCAUGCAUGUUGGUUCAUGAUGGGGUGGAGAUCAGACGGUUCUCUUAUGAUUAUGAAGUGUGCUUGAGGGUUCAUCAUCGGCGGUGUGUGUGCGUUUGUUAAUUUCGGUUUCUUGUAGUUUUCUGUACGCGUGUUCUUAUUUUAGUUGUUGGGACUUCUUGGCUUUUUUUUCUUCUUUUUUUUUUUUUUUUUUUUUUUUUUUU